CGAAGAAAGACGAGAAAGGAGGGAAAAAAGGAGAGGGGUAUAUUUCUGUCACUGCAUUUGUUUUUAUCGUCCCUUACACAUUUCCCGCACAAUGCGUCUGUCAUCAACAAUCCUCCUCCUGCCAGCACUGGCUGCGGCGCAAGAUCAGGUCCCGCUGAAGGCGCAGGUUCAAGGCUGGUUCGAUAAAGUUAAAUCCCUCCUCCCCACCGCUACCCCUGUCGUGAGCUCCGCUGCCGAUUCUGCUGUCACAGCUGCCACCGGUGCUGGUGCGGGCUCCAAGGGCGCUGCGGCUAAGAUCGUCAACAAGGAGGUUACCUUCCUCACUCUCGGGAAUUGGGAGUCAUUACUGGCUCCCAAGGAUGAUGGCCCGGCUCGCGAGUGGCUGAUUUACGUCACCGGUGGGAAUAGAAUGUGCGCCGGGCAGUGUAAGCAGGCGGAUAAGGCUUGGGAGGACACCAUCCCACUCUUCUCCGCCGACCAGACCUCUCCAUCCCUCGCGAAACUGAACUGCGAAAAGCAGGGCCUCCUCUGCUCCAUCUUAUCUGCCGGGGCGCCCGCCGUCUUGCAUUGGCAGGUCCCCGCGCGCGAACCGGGUCAGCCGAAACCAAACACCGACGUCCACUUCGUCCGCGUGAACGCGACGACCGUUGACACAGAGACGAUGUACAAGGUACACUCCGAGAAGACCUGGGAGGGCAGGCCGGCGUAUGACAGCACGUUCCACCCGAUAGAUGGAACGCUUGCGAAGUACGGCCUGAGUGUGCCACUGGCCCAUGUUCUUUACUAUGUGGGCAUGGUUCCCAGCUGGCUUAUCAUGGUGGGCAUUAGCUUUCUCAGCAGGACUUUUAUGAGCCGGCGAUUCGCGGGCCCACGGCCUCAAGUUACCCCCGCCGCAGGUGCUAGGCAGUAAGAAUGAUGUAUAGAUGUGUACGUGUAUUGAGUUAUUUUUGUAUCUGCUUGGAAGCUCUGUAUUACUGUUUCUAUCUAUUUCCAUCUCUGUUUUCUAUUACCACUCGUACUAUUUUACCAUUAUCACUAUUUUAUUAACAGCUUCCUCUUCCUCUUCCUCUUCCUCUUUCCUUUUCCUGGUUUCCCGCGCUUCUUUCUUUAUAUUAUGUGAGGAUAACUCACUAGAGAAGGGGAUAUAUAAAUGAGUUGUAUAUAGCAAGGGAGGGUUUUCUUCCUUUUCAUACGGGACAUUGACUGAUGGUUCACAUGUCGUGAGAGAGAUUUUUGAGGCGGAAAUGCACAAUUUAAUGAUCUUCUACAGGUCUUUUUCUUAUCUUUUUUGUUUCUUUUCUUUCGGUUGUUUGAUGUUGCUUGGUUUUCACGGGAAUAAGAGCAAACCAUUCCUCAGCUGCGU